GUGCUUUAGUGAACUGACCAAUCGCAGUGCAGUGGGCGGGGUUACCGGAAAACGGUUGGGAUAACGCUGUGACGUUGAGUCACCCCUGAGCCGUGAAACCGCUAGAGCUGACGAGAAGAAAUGAUUUUAAACAACUGCGUGUUUCUAAAUUCACAUUCUGACUGAUUCAAUGCGGAUUUAUAUUUAUGAUAUUACUGUAAACACGAGGUUAGAUUGUGUCAGAGGUGGUUUGUUUUGAGAACAUGAUGGAGGAAAUUGACCGUUUUCAGGUUCCGCCGGUUAACUCGGAGAUGCAGCCGCUGGAUCCAGCAGAAACAUCAACAACAGAGGAAGACUCAGAAUCAAGACAACCUGAAAGUGUGACCAUCAGCUACAAGCCUUCUCCACUGCAAGUGAAGAUCGAGAAACAGAGAGAGCUGGCCAGAAAGGGCGCCACGAAAAAUGGAACGGCAGGAAGUCCGGUCAAUCAGCAACCCAAAAAAAAUAACGUGAUGGCCAGAACGCGGUUGGUCGUUCCUAAUAAAGGCUACUCAUCAUUAGAUCAGAGUCCUGAUGAGAAACCCUUGGUAGCGCUGGAUACAGACAGUGACGAUGACUUCGACAUGUCCAGAUACUCUUCAUCAGGCUACUCCUCAGCCGAGGUGAGAUCUAUGAGGGAUCAGCAAAUCAACCAAGACCUGAACAUUCAGCUCCUGAAAGAUGGCUACCGUCUGGACGAAAUCCCAGACGACGAAGAUCUUGACUUGAUCCCUCCUAAAUCGGUUAACCAGACGUGCAUUUGCUGCCAAGCCUCCCCUUCUACAGCCUGCCAAAUCCAGUAACCCUGUAUUCACAAGCCCACUCACACACACACUAAAUACUAAAGGAUUUUGGUAGAGUGUUUAAACUAAUGUAGAUACAUAUGAAGGAAAUGCAGAAAGCGCAUGAGUCGGGGGUUCCUCCUAUGGUAGGACAUGCGGGUGUUGGUGUUGCCACCAGAGGGAGUUUAGUUGUGUAUAUAAAGAAUGUGAGGAGAAGAAAGAACCAACCUAAUGAUGUUAAACAUUUCACACAAAGUAUUCACAGUUUUUAUUUGCUUUUUUUGUAGAACGUCUGUCUUUUUUUUACUUGUUUUUGUUGUUAAUGUGUUACUGCACAAUGAUCUUUAUUAUGUGAGGAGAGAGAAGAGCAGUUCUGAGUACAGUACCAUAAUUCUUUUUCCCACGUAUCCCAGCUUGUUUGGACGCUGAGGUCAAAGCACAGGGUCCUCAGAUAUUGUACAUCACACCUGGAGUCGAAGGGUUAAGGGACUUGCUCAGCAGUGGCUGCAUGGCAGAGCCUGGGUUUGAACCCAUAACAUUUUGAUUAAUAACCCAAAGCUCCACCCACUCGACUACCACUGGCGUACUACCUGUCGUCAGUUGUGCGAUUACUGUUACUUAACUAAAUUGUCCACAUACUUUAUGUACAUAAUCAAUAAAUUAUAUGGCCAGAAGUAUGUGGACACCACUCUCUAAUUAAUAAGCUAAGGUGUUUGAUGUACACCCAUUUACUUAUAUAACAUCUGCUUCACCUUUCAACUGUGCCCCAGUACACAAAGUCAGGUCCAUAAAAACAUGUUUUCACUGGCGCUAAGAUUCCGAGCUCCCGGGUUCGAAUCUCGGCUGGAUGCCAUCUAGCAGGCACAGUUGGCUAAUGCCUGCAGCAGACAAAUCUGGCUUCAAGUCCGCUGGGUGGGAAAGACCGGACUAAGGGGUUCGAUCAUCAAUGCUGUGUAAGGACCUGGGUUGCCCAGGGCGCCUGAACAGAAAGUGGGCAUGGCAUUAUAAUAAGAAAGUUCUUGGACUGUCUUGUACCUAAGUGUAGGAUCGAUCUCUCUCAUUGGCUCAGUUUUCACAUGAAGCACGAUAUCUAUACGUCCUGACAGUUUGUCCCAGAAACAGUUCUUUACAUCCAAUGAAGUCGUUGCUUGAAAGCAAAGCAACCAAUCAGCUGCCUUAAAUUCUAUUCAUAGUGCUACCUAACACUAACCUUCUUAUUGUUUAAAACUGUGCAAAUGAUAACCCUCUACUGCCCUUAGUGGUCUGCAAAUAUACCUGGGAACAGGGGCUUGCUUGCUGUAAUUACAGUUUAACAGCCAGUGGCUGCAGCGCUCACAUCUGGUUUAUUCACUUUGCUUUAUUUAUAAUGAUGUUGAUGAAAUAUUCUAUAUUCUAUAUUGUGAUAAAGGUGUAUAUAUAGAAAUCUACAGUAUAUAGAAAAAGCUUGGUUCUAAUAUGUUUACUACUAUAUUGGGAUGAUUAUGUGGAAUUAAGAUUAAGAUAGGGGAUUUAGCAUACCAAAUAACUUAAUUACUUAUUUAAUAACUCUUGUGCUUACAAGAGCUUAAUUAUUUGUUAACAGGUAAAUUCGACUGAUGUGUUUAAUUUCCUUUUGGCUACUUUUACUCUGCAAGGUUAAAUUCUGAAUAUCAGUUUUCAAUGUUUAUAAUCUGAUAUACAGUAUUUCAGUCAUUUUAAUUCAAAUGUAGUUUUAAUAUACACAGUUAUGUUUUGAAUAAUCAGAACAUUCAGACUGAGGUCAUAUUACACACAAUAAAUAGCACAGAUAUUAUUACCACAUAAUACAGUAACAAAGGGAUUUUUGCUGCUGUAAACCACAAAACUGUGCACAAAAAGCAGAAAAUCAGACUUGGGCCACUGUAUUGUACAUGUUUACGUUUCACAUGGCUAAGAUUUCUGACUUCGUUACUUUUUAUUUGUGCUAAAACAUGUUAUAAUAAGCUUAUUAAGAAAAGUUGUUUUAAUGACUGUUAAAAAACUGCUAGAGCUGAAAGUGCAGGAUUAUUAUAAUCAGCUUUAGCCAGAUGGGGCGGCACUGUGGCUCAGUGGGUAGCACUAUCACCUCACAGCAAGGAGGUCCUUGGUUCGAUCCCCAGGUGGGGUGGUCCGGGUCCUUUCUGUGUGGAGUUUGAAUGUUUUUCCCGUGUCUGUGUGGGUUUCCUUCGGGGGCUCUGAUUUCCUCCUACAGUCCAAAGACGUGCAAGUGAGGUGGAUUGGAGAUACAAAAUUGUCCAUGACUGUGUUUGACACAGGGGUAAAAUUGUAAACUGAUGAGUCUUGUGUAAUGAGUAACUACCGUUCCUGUCAUGAAUGUAACCAUAGUGUAAAACAUGACGUUAAAAUCCUAAUAAAUAUAAACAAACAAACUUUAUCCAGAUAUACUAGUGAAUUAUUUCUCUGUGGAUUGAACUGUGAUCUGGACCACAACAGUGUGACAUUUCAGAUUUGUUUACUUGACAACACAGUGUGAGCUGAAAGCUGGAGGGGGAUGUUUUUAGAUUAAGAAAAGUAUUUCUUUUAUUUAAAUUUGAUCAUAUUUUACAUGUAUAUGUUUGAUGAAUUGUAUGUGUUGGUGUUACUCACUUGCAUUAAUACAGUCAGGGUAAAAAUUAAAAAUGUAUUUGUGGCUUAUAACUAUCUUAGAGCAAUCUAAUAUUUAAUUAGAUGACUUUUGAUUGCAUUAAUGAUUGCUUUCUUGCAUUAGUAUGUUGUGCAGCUUGUUUGCCAACAUAGUAACAUUGCUAAGUCUUCUCUUGUAAUGCUUAAUAAAAUUGGAGAAUCUUACUGCUAUAACAAAAGCUUCAUUCUGCGCUCAGCAAAUCAGUUCGGUUUAGAUUUGUAUUUUUGUCCUGCUGGAUUUUUAAUGUACAACCCAGAUUUAAUUUGACUUUUUCCUCAGUGUUACUUUCUAAUAAUUUCUGUACUUUCAGAUCCACGCGUUGAACAGUGUUUACACUAUCACUUCAUCCUUGUUAAACACCUUCAGGAAAAUUUGGAACAUCAGUGUAUAAACUCUCCUAAAUAUUCUCCUUCUUUUUUGACUAAAUGGGGCUACAUACACACUCCAAAAUCUUUGAGAACUCCCUCCCCUUAUAGCUGCCAUGGGUGCAUAAUUAUUAAUGCCCAUGGUUUUGGAAUGGGAUGUUUAACACACCCAUGGUUAGGUUUUCCUCAUUUGUUUGACAAUAAAUUGUAUUAUUUUUGGACAGUUUGGCCAUAGGGAUGCUUUCUUUUUUUAUUUACUGGUACUCACAGUGUUUGGGAGCGAUAAAUCCUAUGUCGGAUGUUUUGUUACAUAAGAACGGAUUUGUUUUUCAUCUGGGAUUUAUUUUUAUGCUACUUUGCUGUACUGCUCAAUUUAAAUAUGCCUUAACUCAUGUUUUGUAGAACAUUGUAUUUAUUGUGUGUGAUUUUAAUUUAUUUAAACUAAAGGGAUGCGUUUUUAACAUAGACAUGUUUUUAUUUCGCUGAUCAAUAUCAUAUCUGUAAAGAGGUGAACAGUUUCCACACUGGUAGUAAACAACGCUCUUGUUCUAGUGUAGCUUCUGAAUAAACACUUCUGGCACAAA